AUGUCCAAGCCCAGACCCUCAGCGGCAUAUUCCCAGUCGGAAGUCCUGUACACAACACAGCCAUUUCUAUUGUUACUUGACCUUAGAGUCCUUCCUGAACAAGAUGUUGACUUUCUCGAACUUAACCGGUGCUUCCACCUACCUGUACAAACCAUUCAAGAAGAGUUCAUCAACCAGUACUUCUUGUACCUACAUCCCUACUACCCUUUAGUAGACGAGAAAGAAUUCUGGGAUAUGUACAUGGGGGAAGCAGGCGGCGACCGGAAAGUGAAGCCAAUGUCUUUGCUCGUUUUCCAAGCGAUGCUUUUCGCAGCAUCAGCGCUAUUAUUUGACCUUGGAGUGGAAAGUGAUGCAUUCACCAAAUCCCAGGCAGCCUUACUCUUGACCUUCCAAUUCUCAGCUCUUGAACCACACGCAGGAAGCACUUGGCUCGCUAUCGCUAUUCAAAACGCCAUAGUUGCCCAAGCCCACACUUUCCAAGCUCCCGGUUCGAGUAUAUCGCGCAAGAGGAGCAAUAAGAGGCUUUGGUGGUCUCUAUUCUGGAGAGACAGAGUCUUAACUCUCGGUCUUCGAAAACCUCUACAGAUAACACCUUCGAGCUUCAAUGUUACCUUAGAUCUGAUCACUCCUGACGAUCUUGCCGACGAAGCAGAGAGCUCUGCUGUGUAUGACCCUAGAACGAAGCGCCAGCUAGCAGAUAUCAUAAACUUCCAAUGCCGUCUGGCAGUUAUUCUAACAGACACUCUUUCGAUUUGCUAUGGCCCGAACGCUUUCGAUAUCACAUACUCACUCGACAAUUUUGAGAAAACACUGUCUCAGAUCAGGACCGCGAAAAGUAACCUCGCCCGUUGGAAGAAAGAAGCGGACAAAGCUCUCCAUCCAUUUCUCAAUGGCACGGGGGCGCACCGAUCCACAACGCUUAUAUCAAGCGUCGUAUUCAUCUAUGCUUACGCUGCCCAAAUUGCUCUUGGUAAUCAUGAGGCUAUGAUGAUCGAGCAGCGACAAAAAGGAGUCAACAUCAUUGACGACACUGUACUCCGGAAUAUUGGCAAGGAUAUAAGCUAUGCAACGACAGAAACAACCAAAUUAGUGGGGUUUAUCGUUCAGGAAGGGUUAACUCAACACCUUCCUAUAUCUGCCAUUGCCUACAUUGCAUAUCCGCUUAUGCUGAGCUCCAUCGAUGAGAGGAUAGCGCCCAAGGACCUCGAAAGCGACGAAGACCAACUGUUAACGAGAUAUCACGCACAAGCAAUGCACCUGUGCAGUAAGCGUUUUGAAGGUGCCGAAGAUAUCAGUAGAAUGAUCACCCAAAUCGUUCAAUCAACGCCCAUUCAGCUACCCCUACGCCCGCACUCGAAACCUCCAGGGCGUCGGCAGUCAUCAGGAGCAGAUGGCGCAUUGUCACCGCCAUCGAAGAGUCUUACAAAGUACUGGGACGAGCUGUUCAUCACACGCCAAUACAUGCGCCUUCGACUGUCUCUCGACUACGCUCUGAUCACCGGCAAGCCACCAACAGAACUAGACUUAUCGACAUGUAUUAUCCACGACGCGGGGAUGAAGAGGUUGGCCUACGGACCGAUACACACCUUGUCUGCGACAACUCUGUAUACGCCUCGGAAGCGUCGCGCAUCUGAAAGUGUUGCUGGUCUGCCGAGGGUCAUUGAGCUCGACGAAAAACUGUCAGACGAUGAAGGGCAAGCGGAGCAUGUUGAGAUAUUGGAUGACUUAACUGCACCUAGUACUCAGCUCGUACAGAGGGAGGCGAGCAGCAUAUCAUCUAGGCCACAUUUUGACUAUGAUGCAAUUUGGGCGGCGAAUUUGUUUGAGGAGAUUACAGACGUACUCUGGGCUUGA